UUUAAGGAUGGCACAUGUUCGGAUUUUAGUGCGUCACGGUGGUGAAUGGGAUGAGGGACGAAGAAAAUAUGAAGGAGGAGUGUUAAAAGGCAUUGUUGUCCCUAAAGAAAUAACACACAAAGAUUUACAGUCUGAACUAUAUGACCUUGCAGAAGUUGACCCUACAAAGUUUGACAUAAAGAUAAGAUGUAUAUAUGAGAUCAAAGGGGAAAAGGAAGCUCCUCCAUUUGAGUUAAGCAAUGACCGUGAUUUGAAGUUUUAUAUUCUUAGUGAAAAUCCAUUGGAGGUCCCCCUAUACCUAUCGUUUGAGCCUACAAGCAAUCGAAGCAUGAAAGUGUUAAACAAAGAUUACAAUUCAGUAUCUGGGAGCAACCAAGUUCAAAAUUUAAACCCUCAUCCUCCUCCAAUUGGAAUGGAUAGAUUAGAUGAGAAUGAAGUUGAUAUUGGUGAAGUCGAGGGUGGCUUGUGUCAUAACAUGAUAGGGACCAAUUCGGCUAUAUGGGAAUCAUAUGAGUCAUAUCAUUCAAUAGAUGAUACUUUUACAUUGGAGUCAGUUGAGAUGUACAAUGAAUUGUUUGACAUCCCAGAACAAAGAGAUGCUCCUACAAAAGAUUGCAAAGGAAAAGGUAAAGUUGACUACAGGUCCUCUAGUCGGAAGUUGAAGACAAAAGGAAGUGGCUGGUCGGAAGAAAGCUCUACAAGUGAAGAGUUGGAUGUAGGACAAAUAUUUUUUUGCAAGAGAGAUUUGUCAAUGAGAUUAAGUGUGUUGGCAAUGAAAAAAAAUUUUCAGUUUGUAGUAAAAAAGUCUACAAAAGAGGUUCUUUUCGUUAGAUGCAUCGACAACAAGUGUGGUUGGAGAUUGCGAGCGGUUAGACUGAAGGAUUCAAAUAUAUUCAAGAUUAAAAAGUAUGUGAAAGUUCAUUCAUGUUCUCUUGAGUUUUUGAAUCGUGACCAUAGGCAAGCAAAAUCUUGGGUUGUUGGAGAAUUAAUCAAGUCCAAAUUCAAGGGGCCCGGUCGCAUAUACAAACCACGUGAUAUCAUAGAAGACAUGAGGCAAGACUAUGGCAUAAAUAUGAGUUAUGAGAAAGCAUGGCGUGCCAGAGAAAAUGCAUAUGAACGAGUGCGAGGGUCUCCUGAAGAGUCAUAUAAUCUUUUGCGUAGAUAUGGUGAAGCACUCAAAUUUACAAAUUCAGGUACAAUAUUUCACAUGGAACUCGAAGAUGAUCGUUUCUUUAAAUAUCUUUUUAUGGCUGUUGGUGCAUGUGUUAGAGGAUUCUUAAAUUGCAUUAGACCGGUCAUAGUCAUGGACGGAACAUUUCUUAAGAACAAAUAUCGGGGUCAGUUGAUAGUGGCCGUUUGUUUAGAUGGUAACAAUCAGAUCUAUCCUCUAGCCUUUGGAGUAGUUGAUAGAGAAACAGAUGACUCAAUACAGUGGUUCUUAGAAAAAUUGAAAGGUGCAAUAGGGGAGGUGCCUAAUCUAGGCUUUGUGACAGAUCGGAAAACAUGCUUCGCCAAGGGUAUUUCAUCAGUUUUCCCAUCUGCAUUCCACGGCCUUUGUGUCCAACAUUUGAGUCAAAAUUUGCAUGAUAAAUAUAAGAAUGACACGGUUGCUACUUUGUUUUAUAAUGCAUCGAGAACAUAUCGUGAAUCAACGUUUGUUGAAGCGUGGAGACAUCUUCUUUCAUUUCCUAAUGGUUCAGGGAAAUAUUUAAAUGAUGUUGGAAUAGCACGAUGGUCUCGUGUUCACUGCCCAGGAAGACGGUAUAACAUGAUGACAACAAAUAUAGCGGAGUCCAUGAAUUCUAUACUGAAAGAACCUAGAGAUUUGCCUAUUGCUUCAUUCCUUGAAAAUGUUCGAGCUUUGCUACAACGUUGGUUUUGGGAGCGUCGAGAAGAAGGCAUUAAAGUGACGUCUACAUUGACCAAAUGGGCAGAGUUAGUUAUUCAAAAGAAACAAGAAGGAGCUUUGACAAUGAAGGUCAACCCAAUUGACUGUUACCAAUUUCAUGUCAAAGAUUUAGAUAAGGAGGAGGUCGUAAACCUUCAGACUAAAGAAUGCACUUGCAAGGAGUUUCAAGCUGAGCAACUACCAUGCUCACAUGCCAUUGCUGCAGCACGGGUUCGUAAUAUAAAUGUUUAUAGUUUAUGUGCUAAUUAUUACACUAAUGAAUGUUUGUUGGCUGCAUAUGCGGAGGCCGUCUACCCAGUUGGGAAUCAGUCAGAUUGGAAGACAAGCGAAGACUACGUACAUAUGACUGUUUUACCUCCAAAAGUAGUCAAAAGAGUUGGUCGACCGAAGAAAAAGAGGAUUCCAAGUGUUGGUGAAGCUCCGAAAUUGCAUAAGUGUGGUCGGUGUAAACAAAUAGGUCACAACAGAUUAACGUGUACCAAUCCAAUUUCAUAUACCGACAAGUCGAGCAUACAAGAUUAGAAAUUUCCCUACCAAUGUACCAAGUAUUACACUAAUUAAUGAAUGUUUGUUAAUGAUGUGUUUUCUUAAUGAUUUGUCCCAACAUUCUUACUUUCUGUGCGUCCAAAUGGAUGAAGAAGACGAAAAUAACGAUUGACUUAUUCAUUUAAGAACACAAACACUGGUUUUAUGAUCGUUUAAAAAUAACUAAAUGUUCGUUUAAAAAUAUGUAAACGAUCGUUUAAAAAUAACUAAACGAUCGGUUAAGAACAACCAAACGAUCGUUUGAAAACAACUAAACGAUAGUUUAAAACAAAACUAAACGAUCGGUGAAACAAAACUAAACGAUUGGUCAAACAAAACUAAACGAUCGUUUAAAACAACCAAUCGAUACCUUGAAAUUAACUAAACGAUCAGUUAAACAAAACUAAACGAUUGGUCGAACAAAACUAAACGAUCGUUUAAAACAACCAAUCGAUCGUUUGAAAUUAACUAAACGAUCGACUAUAAAAAACUAAACGAUCGUUUACAUAAACUAAACGAUCUUUUGAAACAACGAAAGACACCCGCGAAUUGUUUACAACCGCGAUUCAACAUUUCAAAAAAAGUAUGCGAAUUUACAAUAUUGCCCCUUUGGUAAAAACGACCGAUAUAUAUAUACGUUCCGCCUUCUCACUUUUCGUUUUUCGUCACUACGCAAUACACAACCGCACUGAUCACACCUUCGUUUUCUCUCAGUCCAUUGUUCUCUCAGACCAUUUUUGUCUCAGUCCAUAGUUUUCGUCAACGUUAAAAGGAUGGCUGUACCUAGCGAAAAGUAUUUCCCUGCCACUGUGUCAUGCCAAGUGCACAAGAUUGGCAGUCUUAUUAAGGAUAAACUGACCAAGGACCAGCUGCAAAUGUUCGAAAAAACAAUUUUUGGUCCAUUGCUGAAUGUGAACAUGGUAUUCAACGGCCAGUUGAUCCAUCAUUUCUUGCUGAGGCAGAUACCUGAAGACGGUAACGCAGAUGGAAUCUGUUUCU